GUCCCUCGGGCGGACGAUAAAGCCAGCAUUGGAGCGGGAGGUAGCUUCUUCGCUGCGUCGGUGUCGCAACGCUGAGGCUCGUCUCUGAGCGCCUGAUUCCCUCAGAGAGCCUCCAGAUCGCCGGCUGAGCAGCAUGGAGUGGCUGUGUGACACUGAGUCUGGGAGCCCGCCCAGGCUGUGGGAUCAUAAUAUUACAAUAAACACAGACAACCCAGAUCUGACAGAAUGUUUUCAGAAGACGAUCCUGGUUUGGAUUCCAUGUGUGUACUUGUGGGUGAUCUUCCCUCUUUACUUCCUGUAUCUCCGACAGACCAAUCGAGGUUACAUCAGGGUCACAGUGCUCAACAGGAUCAAAACAGGCCUGGGGUUGCUGUUGUGGAUUGUCUGCUGGUUGGAUCUCUUCUGUUCCUUGGCUGAAGUAGCGAAUAAUCAAGCAAGAGCUGCAGCAUAUUUCAUAAGCCCCUUGCUGCUGGGAGUCACAAUGUUACUCGCUACAUUUCUCAUUCAGUAUGAGAGAUUACGAGGGAUCCAGUCGUCUGGUGUGCUGUUCUUCUUCUGGCUGAUCAUUGUGAUUUGUGCUGUGAUACCAUUCAGAUCAAAGAUCCUGGGGGCACUCAAUGAGGAUGGAGUCCUUGAUGUCUUCCGAUUCACCACCUUCUAUAUCUACUUUGCCUUAGUUCUAAUCCAGUUCUUUCUCUGCUGCUUCAGUGAACCUCCUCCAUACUUCUCAGCAACAUCUUCAGAUGAGAAUCCCUGCCCUGAAGUGAGUGCUGGAUUCCUCUCUAGGCUGACCUUCUGGUGGUUUACCAGAAUGGCCAUACAGGGUUACAAGCAACCCUUGGAGGACAAAGAUCUCUGGUCACUGAACAAAGACGAUAGAUCGGAUGUUGUUGUGCCAAAACUACUUCAUGAGUGGGAGAAACAGAAGCUGAAAGUGAAAAGUAAACAAGAGGUUUUCUACACCAAAUGCCCACCUGCAUAUAACAUGACUGACGAGGAGCCUCAUGAAGCUGAGGCCCUAUUUCCCAGCAAGGGGGACCAGAAGAAACCUUCAUUUCUCAUAGCAUUGUGCAGAACGUUUGGUCCUUACUUCCUUGUGGGAUCAGCACUGAAGCUGUGCCAGGACCUGUUGUCUUUUGUCAAUCCCCAACUUCUCAACAUGUUGAUUUCCUUCAUCAAAAGCCAGGAAUCUAGGACCUGGUGGGGAUAUAGCAUCUCAUUCUUGAUGUUCCUUUCUGCUGCCUUGCAAACCCUCAUUCUCCACCAGCACUUCCAGUAUUGUUUUGUAACGGGCAUGAGGUUACGGACUGCUAUCAUUGGAGCUAUAUACCGCAAGUCUCUGGUCAUCACUAACUCAGCUAAACGUUCAUCCACUGUUGGGGAGAUUGUGAACUUGAUGUCAGUGGAUGCUCAAAGAUUCAUGGAUCUCACUGGCUUCCUAAACAUGCUGUGGUCAGCCCCACUUCAGAUCUGUCUGGCUCUUUACUUCCUGUGGCAGUACCUGGGACCUUCAGUUCUGGCUGGUGUUGCAGUGAUGAUUCUACUGAUCCCAUUCAAUGCAGUGAUUGCCAUGAAAAGCCGAAGCUUUCAGGUGCAACAGAUGCAACACAAAGAUUCUCGGAUUAAGCUGAUGAAUGAGAUCCUGAAUGGUAUUAAGGUGCUGAAGUUGUAUGCUUGGGAAGCGUCCUUUGAGCAGAAGGUCCUGGCCAUUCGGCAGAAGGAGCUCAACAUUCUGAAAAAAGCUGCCUAUCUCAAUGCCCUCUCUACCUUCACUUGGACAACUGCCCCCUUUAUUGUUGCCUUGACGACCUUUGCGGUGUAUGUGACUGUUGAUGAAAAUAAUGUAUUGGAUGCACAGAAAGCCUUUGUCUCCUUGUCUCUGUUCAACAUCCUCCGGUUUCCACUCAACAUGCUGCCUCAAGUUAUCAGCGGUGUGGUUCAGGCCACAGUUUCAUUAAAGCGAUUACAGAACUUCCUGAGUCAUGAUGAAUUGGAUCCCACAAGUGUUGAGAGACAAAAGACUGCAACAGGCUUCCUGUCUUACAUCGAGUCCCAGCUGCUGUUUGCACUCUGCUGUAUCCGUGCUUCAUGUUUUCUGCAUGCUCGCCUGCUUAACCAAACCCUCCGCUGCCCCGCACAUUACUUUGAGCUGACACCAGUUGGACGAAUACUGAACCGAUUCUCACAGGACAUGGAGACGAUUGAUGAUCGGAUCCCAGCGUGUGUCGAGGACCUGCUGCUGUGCUUCUUCGAUGUCUUGUCCACUGUGCUGGUGCUGGCUUACUCCAUUCCACUCAGUCUCCUGCCCUCUGUUCCAAUCGCUUGCCUGUACUUUUCUCUACAGCGGUUCUAUGUGGCUACUUCCCGGCAGCUGAAGCGCCUGGAGUCUGUCAGCCGCUCACCCAUCUACUCGCACUUCUCAGAGACCAUCACCGGCUCCAGUGUCAUCCGAGCAUAUGGGAGGCAGAACAACUUCAUCCUGAUGAACGAUAACAAAGUUGAUGCAAACCAGAAGAGUUAUUACCCGGGCAUUGUGUCAAACAGAUGGCUUGGCAUCCGGAUUGAGUUUAUCGGUAACUGCAUCGUCCUUUUUGCUGCCCUCUUCGCUGUGAUUGGCCGAGCUCAUCUGAACCCAGGGAUUGUUGGCCUGUCCGUAUCCUAUGCUCUGCAGGUAACCAUGUCUUUAAACUGGAUGGUGAGGAUGACAUCUGACCUGGAAUCUAAUAUAGUGGCAGUGGAAAGAGUUAAGGAGUAUUCAGAAACCGAAACAGAGGCUGCAUGGGUAAUUGAGAGUAAUCGCCCUCCAGAGUCCUGGCCACAGGCAGGAAAUGUUGAGUUUAAAGGAUACAGUGUACGGUACCGAGAGGGUCUGGACUUGGUUCUCAAGGGCCUCCAUCUGAACGUGCACGGUGGAGAAAAGGUCGGUAUUGUUGGACGGACAGGAGCUGGCAAGUCUUCGAUGACACUGUGCCUCUUCAGAAUCAUAGAGGCAGCAGAAGGAGAGAUUAUCAUCGAUGGGGUAAAGAUUGCAGAUAUUGGGCUUCACGAUCUCCGAUCAAAACUUACCAUCAUUCCUCAGGAUCCCGUGCUGUUCUCCGGAUCAUUAAGGAUGAAUCUUGACCCCUUCAAUCAGUACUCUGAGGACGAAGUUUGGAAAGUUCUGGAACUAUCCCAUCUCAAACAGUUUGUGAACAGCCUGCCAGCGAAGCUGGAGCACGAAUGUUCUGAAGGAGGAGAGAACCUCAGUGUGGGGCAAAGGCAGCUUGUGUGCCUUGCAAGAGCCCUCCUUCGAAAGACACGGAUUCUGAUUCUUGAUGAGGCUACUGCUGCUGUCGACCUGGAGACUGACGACUUGAUACAGUCGACCAUCAGGACACAGUUUGAGAACUGUACUGUUCUCACCAUUGCACAUCGUUUGAACACAAUCAUGGAUUACACCAGGGUCUUGGUGCUGGAGAGGGGGAGGAUAGCAGAGUUUGAUACACCAAGUAAUCUCAUUGCACAGAAAGGAAUCUUCUACAACAUGGCUAAGGAUGCUGGGCUGGCAUAAGCUAAACCAUUACAAACCUUUGCAAAGAUGGUAGAGAACCUGGGCACCAUGCUGCGAAUUAAGAGCUUAAGACCAACUGGUUCCGAGGUUAAUGCUAAAGAAAAUCCAUUCUCGCUCAGGAGACCAAGAGAUUGCUUCUUUUUUUAGAAAAUCACUGAACAGCACUCUUUCUAUUUUUGUACUUGAUGUAUUUAUACGUUAAGCAUUUAAGUGCAGGAGUUUGAUUCUUUGUAAAUAUAACCCCUACAGGACUUUGCUGUUUCAAUAAAACAAGAUUUUUACUAAA